CCCCCCCUUCCCCCCCCCCCGCUUCCCGGGUCAAUCACAAGGUAUUGUUAUACAUAAACCAAACAUAAAGUAAAAUUUUCCCUUCUAAUCCAAUUAACCUCAUCCAAAUCUUUUCAUUUCCCAACCCCCCCACAUUACAUAAAAUAAUACUUCCUAAUUAUUCAAAGGCAAUCUGAUAUCUCUUAAUCUGAUAUCUGUUUUGUAAAUAAUCAAUCCAUUUUUUUCCAUUCAAUUAAAUAUCUUUCCUGCGUAUUUUCUUUCAAAAAAGCUGAGAUUUUAGCCAUCUCAGCCAAAUUAGUAACUUUCAAUAUCCAUUCUUCUAUUGUAGGUAACUACAAAAAAAAAAAUGAAAAAAAAAUGAGCUGCCUCGUUGUUGAAAGAGGCAAAAUGUAUUUUUAUGUUCUAGCAGAAUGGAAUUUCUUUCAAAACGGCUUGGCCUGAUUCACACCAAACAUCUCGCAUUCCCUUAGUUUGGUUGAAUCUCAGCUAAUGCUGUAUUGCAAUGGUUUUUGAGUGGUGGUUGUUAUUAUUAUUAUUAUUAUUAUUAUUAUUAUUAUUAUUAUUAUUAUUAUUAUUAUUAUUUCUCCCUAGGGCGGGCAUGUAGUUAUUGUUCAAAGCAAAACCAUAGGAUGGGGCUGACAGUUUUACGUUCCGUUUUUUUUCUUUUUCCCCCUUUCAGGGAACUUUGAGGAAAACUACAGCGUGUGUGAAUGGAUCCUCAUUAUCCUAAUGUAUAUUUUUGUAAUUUUAACCUUCCCCAUCACCAUCUGGAUGUGCAUAGAGGUUGUGAUGCAAUAUCAACGUGUGGUCAUUUUUAGGCUGGGCCAUAUACAAAAAGGAGGGUCCAAAGGUCCCGAUCAUGCGGUCACGGUGGAUAUGCGAACGAUAUCGUUUGAUAUAGCGCCCCAAGAGAUUCUCACCAAAGAUUCAGUGACGAUCAUGGUAGACGGCGUCGUUUAUUACCGGGUUUACAAUGCCAUCCUUUCCGUCGCCAACGUCCUCUACAUGGACCCGGCCACUCGGCUCCUGGCUCAAACCACCUUGAGAAAUGCCUUGGGAACCAAGAACCUGGCUCAGAUUCUCUCCGACCGAGAGGAGAUCGCCCAAAGCAUGCAGGCCACCCUGGACAAGGCCACAGAUAACUGGGGAAUCAAAGUGGAGCUUGUGGAGAUCAAGGAUGUGAAAUUACCUGUCCAGCUUCAUAGAGCCAUGGCGGCAGAAGCCGAAGCAGCUCGAGAAGCCAGGGCGAAGGUGAUCGCAGCGGAGGGCGAAAUGAACGCCUCGCGGGCUUUGCAAAAAGCCGCCGCGAUCAUCUGCGAGAACCCUGCCGCCCUCCAGCUCCGCUACCUGCAGACGUUGACCAGCAUCGCCGCCGAGAAGAAUUCCACCAUCAUCUUCCCUCUCCCUUUGGACAUCUUGCACAGUUUUAUCUCCCCGAAGCAUUGAGGAGGGAGGAGGAAGAAAAAGAAAAGGAAAGAGAAAAGGGACAACCAGCUGCUGUCUUUCCUCCAAGCCCUUCGAAUAAAAAUGCGCGUGCAUGUUACACCGAGAUGGUGUUCUGCCCGAGAAACAAGAAACAGACUCCUGGUCAUUAAAAAAAACCAAAAAACUUCUUUAUUUAUCUCCUGUGAAUUAAUGGCAUUCACCCACCGAGAAGUCCAGGCAAGGGUCCUUCAAGGAGUUAACUGCAGUAACAGACCUUAUCAGUCCCUUGCGAUAAUUGCCAGGCUCCAGAAAGGCUGCAAAUUAAGUUCUGGCAAGCAGUCUUUGAUGCACGAAACACAAUAAGCAAAAUCCUCAGAAAUACGAACGGUUGUCUCCUACGACCACCACUUCCCUUUCCUUCUAUUGAUUUCCCCAGCCAGGGAGGGGCCGUUCAGCGUCCACGUGUGUUUUGCUUCCCGAGUCGACUCCUUGACUCCUCCGUCAUUCUCCUCUCUUAACUGCUCUGCGCAUACGUGGAUCUGGAACAGGCCCCAGCUGUUCUUCCUCCUCCUCGCUCAUCUCAGCCUCCAAAGGCAGCUGCCUCUCCGGUGGCUGGGAAAUGUCGGACGGCCCUGGAUCUAUCGCUGCAUCCAACGCAGAACAUCCAUCAGAGCCUUCCCCAGACUCCAGAACUGGCCCAAGUUCCUCCCCAACCUCCUCAUUGUCCAAGUCUGCCGCCAGCUCUGCUGACAGCUGGCAGGCCACAACAGACGGUUGCACAACAGCAGUCCCCAGCUUUGCGGCUUGUGGGGAGGAAAGAAGAGAAGGGAACCAGGCCACAUGUGUUGCGGGCUGACGUGGACAGCUCAACUUGCAAGAGUGUUGAACUGCACGCACACGCAGUUCAACUUUCAGAAGCAGAGCUGCUCACAAGCGUGUGCACGCAUGCCAGCCUGCCACUCGUGCAAAUUGACGCGGUCAACUGACAAAUCGACUUUCACACGGCGUGGUAGUGGGCUGCAUUGUACAAGAUCUAUUUAUUUCCAACCUUUGCACAAGGGUGACUUCGGAUUUCAACACAGAGAAGCCCGUGACUCAACAACAGAAACACAACCAGUUUUGACACUUGGCUCUUUUCUUCCUUCCCUCCCUCCAAUUCAGUAGGUGGUUGUAUCAAAGUCUGAAACGGUAUAGCGUUUCCUGCCUGAGCAGGGGGCUGGACUAGAAGACCUCCAAAGUCCCUUCCAACCAACUCUGUUAUUAUGCUGUUAAAAAAGAGGCCCUUCAAAUCAGCUCAAUCUGUGGUUCCCCAUAAAAGCGCCAAUCAGCAAUAGUGAUGCCACACGACUUAAAACGAUGGGAAGGCACCAUUGCUGGAUUCUCACGCUAAGCCUAAAUAAUGAACCGGAGACUGGCUUAGCACCCAGGGGUAAAAGCGAGCACCACCCUGUCCUAUAUCCUGGUCUGUGCCGCACUUCCACAAGCACAUAUACCAGUUUUUCCAGAAUGGCAACCAUGGCAUGCAAUUUACCAGAGGCUCACCUGUGUCAGGGCACCAUUGGGGGCUCCUGAGUCUGCUGCCAACCGUCACCCGGCUGAGCAAAA